CUCUGCAGCUCCCCCCCCCGGCUUUUCCUUUCGCUUCGAGGCCGCCCUGACCUCGGCGCAAGGAGAGAUCCGUUCCGCGCCGCCCAUGGGCCAUGCUCUACCGGAGCCAUCAGUCGUAUUGUCACCGGCUGCAACACGACAUGUAUUUUCUUACAAGCAAUAGCCGACUGAAUGAGCAAGUGGUUGAUAAAAUUAUUCUUCAGCUUAACAGAGUCUACCCCCAAAUUCUUACCAAUACAGAAGCGGAAAAGUUCAGGAAUCCAAAGGCAUCACUCCAUACCAGGCUCUCAGAUCUGAUAAAGCACCUUCUUAAGAAAGGAGAGAGACACUGUCAGGAAUUUUACAGGGCUUUACAGAUCAAUGCUGAACAGCUCUAUAAUGACCUGCCAAGCAGGAAAAUCUUGAAAACCACAGAUUCCGCAGAGAUAGACACUGACAAGGAGAAAUGUAUGCUAAAUGACAGGGGCCCAGUGUUUUUCCUCGCCUGUUUCAGUGCAGCAGCAGGAUUUGCCUUAUUUUGGUAUUGCUGUAACUCAGAUGCAAAAGUAAUAGGAAGAUCCAGGAGAAUCUUGGGUUUUUCUCCUAUUAUCAUAGGAAGACAUGUUAGAAAAAUUUGUAUGCUGUAUUUGGAAGACAUCUCAAGAAACUGAGGAAAAGCUGCCUCUUCGCUUAGACAUCUGUACAGUGUGUCUGCCAAGGGAAGACAACGGUGCAUGAAUAUUAAUGUACUAUACUCUCAUACCAAAGAUUUUAUUAACUAGUUUCAUCAAUAAUUGUGUUGCCUCAAGAUGUAUUUAGAUUUGCAGCUAUAUAUGUCCUUCCUUGUGGGAAUGGACCAUUUAUUUUUGUAAAUGCUUAUUUUAAAAUAUUUAUCAUUUGGAUAAAAGUAUUUUUAACACAAACUCUGAAACGAUAUCCUAUCUGAUCACGGGUUUGCAUAUGUGUAUUUUAUACUGGAAUGAAGGAACACAACUGUUUAACGAA